AUGUCAGUCUUGAAGUUAAAGUUCUCCUUCCAGAGGAGAGUGCGUUUGGCCCAGGGCCUCUGGCUCCUGUCAUGGGUGGCCAUGGUCUCUGGAGCCAUCACCGUUGCCAUGGGGGUCUUCCUCAAGACUGAACUGGUCCGCAGGGCUGAGGUGAUGCACAACAAUGACAUCCACAUUGUGCCCAAUCUGCUGAUGGCAGUGGGGCUGGCAUCCGUGGGGAUCAACAUCUGUGCUGGUAAAGUGUGCCAGGACUCUCUGGACGCCUCACGGUUUCCACGCUGGAAGAACUUCCUCACUCCCUUCUUCUGUGUCUCCAUAUUCUUCACCUCCCUGCUGCUGGUGGCCAUGAUAUUGAGCUAUGCCCUGCAGCCCAGUCUGGAGGAAUCUCUGAAAGUGGGCCUGAAGAAUGGCAUUCGCUUCUAUAAGGACACAGACACUCCAGGCCGCUGCUUCCAGAAGGAAACAAUUGACCGUCUGCAGAUUGAGUUUCAGUGCUGUGGAAACACCAACUACAGGGACUGGUUUGAGGUGCAGUGGAUCAACAACCGGUACCUGGACUUCACCUCCAAAGAAGUGAAAGAUCGUGUGAAGAGUAACGUGGAUGGCCGUUACCUGAUGGACGGCGUGCCGUUCAGCUGCUGUAACCCGGCCUCCCCGAGGCCCUGUAUCCAGUACCAGCUUCUGGACAAUGCAGCCCAUUACAACUAUGAGUACCAGUCCGAGGAGCUGAACCUGUACAACCGUGGCUGUCGUCAGGCUCUGGUCAACUACUACAUGGGCCUGAUGAACACGAUCGGGCCUGGAGUCAUGUCUGUCUUCCUGGUUCAGAUGACUGUGCUCUUUAGCCUGCGCAUCCUACAGACGUCCAUGCAGGCAGUGGAGGGUCAAGAGAACGUGGAGAUCGAGACUGAGGGCUACAUCCUGGAGAAAGGAGUGAAGGAAACAGUCAAGGAGUUGCAAGAGAAGAUCAUGAACUUCUUCAAGCAAGUGCAGGUGGACGUCACUCCUCCAGCCACCGAGGCGGCAGCAGAGGAAGCAGCACCGGAGAAGGAGGCCACGUCCUCAAGCUAA